AUGUCGGCCAAAUCAAGAGGAUUGUGGAACAAUAUCACUAAGGCUGCCUCAGAGAUCCAUUCAAUCCCCACUUCUCUAGGUGAUGUCAUCUCAAGGAAGAUUGGCAACGGGAGACAUACCAAAUUCUGGGAGGACGUUUGGGUUGGAAAUCAAAUGUUAUCAGUUUGUUACCCGAGACUUUAUGCGCUGGAAUCAAACAAAGGGUGUUGUAUACAAGAAAGAUGGGAUAACUCGACAUGGAAAUGGCAGUGGAGGAGAGUGAUCAGAUCCGGAACCAAGCAAGAACAACUCAAAUAUAUGCUUCAAAACCUUCCUAAUGGCUUCAGUAACAAAGAUGACUACUGGUCCUGGAACUUUGAUGGGAAACGUGAAUUUUCGGUGGCUCAAAUUCGUAAGUAUAUUGAUCACCAGAGACUAAAUGUCAGGGACAAAGCUACAAGGUGGAACAAACUUAUCCCUAGAAAGGUGAACUUAUUUACAUGGAGACUUCUACGGAAUGGUAUACCUACUAACGUUAACCUUUUCGGCCGUGGCAUAGAUGUGAUGGUUGUCGGAUGCCCUUUAUGCUCCAGUGGGAUCGACGACGUCUCACACAUUUUUCAUACAUGUUUACUGAUGCGUGAAUUGAGAAGCAAAAUGGGUUUGUGGUUAAACCAUAAUAUCCCGGACCAGGAACCUAAAGACAUUCUCAACUGGCUUGACAGUCUUAGGAUUACCGGGCUGAAGCGUAGAAUUUUUGAGGCAAUCAUUUUUGUUUGGUGGUGGCACGUUUGGAAGGAAAGAAAUAAUGCUCGGCAUAAUGACACUCAUGAAAACAUCAACGACAUAUUCAAUUCAGUUGUGUCAUUAUCGUUUAUUUGGAUAUCAAGCCGCGAUAGGAAACAUCAUUAUGUUUGGUCGGACUGGAUCACUAAUCCUUUGGACAAUGGUUGUUAG